CACACACACACACACCCAUACCCUGUGAUCUUCCACCUAGACAUCCUCCUUCUCAGUUCUUACACACUAAUGCGCACACACACACACCCCUUGUGAUCCUCCACCCAUACAACCUCAUUUUCACACACACUAAUGCACACACACUUAACCAAAAUUUCAAGAAUUUCAUAAAUGUCUUUAUUCCAUCCAUUCCGUAUUAUCGCAAUAAAAUAUAAUCAGCCAAAAAUUAAAAAGAUUCAAUCUUUAUUUACACCCACAUCAUUUACAAUUAAAAAGCAUUCAUCUUUUACCUUUUUUCAGCACAAUGCAGUUAAAAAUGCUGCUAAACAUGUGUCCAAAUCUUUAAUGCAAGAUUCUAGUGGUAACACUUCAUCUGUGACAGUUGAAAAAGAUGUAUCAAACGGUGUCGUUUUUGUUAUUAAAGUUCAAGAAAAAAACAUGGGCUUGCUUCAAAUGAUCACUAGGGUUUUAAAAGGGCUUAAAAUUGAAAAGCCCACAAUUGAAUUUAAUGAAAAAGAAGAUCUUUUUGUGGUAAAGUUUUUUGUUACUGAUUUAAAUGGUAAAAAAGUCGAAGAUAAAGAAAGUUUGGUAAAAAUCAAGACUUUGUUAAUGGAAGCUAUUAAUGGGAGUGAAGGUGUUGUGGUAAAAAAAGCAGGGUUUUUUGGUGGUAAUAAAAGUGACAAAAUGUUUGAAUUAAUGGAUGGUUUUUUGAAAAAUGAUCCAACAAGCCUUCAAAAAGAUAUUCUUCAUCAUGUUGAGUACACAGUUGCAAGAUCAAGAUUCAGUUUUGAUGAUUUUGAAGCUUAUAAGGCCUUGUCACAUAGUGUGAGAGACAGAUUGAUUGAGCGUUGGCAUGAUACUCAACAACAUUUCAAAAAGAAAGAUCCUAAACGAUUAUACUUUCUAUCGCUCGAGUUUCUAAUGGGUCGUUCGUUGUCAAAUAGUGUGAUUAAUUUAGGCAUACGAGAUCAAUGUGCUGAAGCAUUAAGUCAGCUUGGAUUUGAGUAUGAAGUUUUGGCAGAGCAGGAAGGAGAUGCAGCUCUUGGGAAUGGUGGUUUGGCCCGCCUUUCCGCUUGCCAAAUGGAUUCUUUAGCAACAUUGGAUUAUCCUGCUUGGGGAUAUGGGUUGCGUUACCAGUAUGGACUAUUUAGACAGAUAAUAUUGGAUGGGUUCCAGCAUGAACAGCCUGAUUAUUGGUUGAACUUUGGAAAUCCUUGGGAAAUAGAGCGGGUCCAUGUAUCAUAUCCUGUUAAGUUUUAUGGAAGCGUAAACGAGGAAGUUGUGAACGGAAAAAAGUGUAAAGUUUGGAUUCCUAAAGAAACCGUGAGUUGUUUCACCAUGAAACUUUUCCCCCUUUUCUAUAAUUUUUUAAUUCUCAAUUUUAGAUCGUUGUCUUCCGCUUGUUUGCAGGUUGAAGCUGUUGCUUAUGACAAUCCUAUACCUGGGUAUGGAACAAGGAACACAAUCACUCUUCGUUUAUGGGCUGCUAAACCGAGUGAUGGGAUUGACAUGGAGUCUUAUAACACUGGAGAUUAUAUCAAUGCUAUUGUAAACAGACAAAAGGCAGAGAUAAUAAGCAAUGUCUUAUACCCUGAUGAUCGUUCUUAUCAGGGAAAAGAACUACGGCUAAAGCAACAAUAUUUCUUUGUCUCGGCAUCAUUGCAAGAUAUUAUUCGGAGGUUUAAAGAUGUGCAUGGAAACUUUGAUGACUUCCCGGACAAGGUUGCUUUGCAGUUGAAUGAUACUCAUCCAUCUAUUUCCAUAGCUGAGCUCAUGAGGGUGCUUCUUGAUGAAGAACAUUUGGGCUGGAAAAGGGCAUGGAAUAUCACACGCCAAGUUUUUUCUUUUACUACACAUACAGUACAACCCGCAGCAUUGGAAAAGGUCCCUGCAGAUCUAUUUGAGAACGUUUUACCCCGUCAUUUACAAAUUAUAUAUGACAUAAACUUUUCAUUCAUGGAGGAGUUGAAAAAGAAGAUAGGGCAGGAUUAUGUUCGCCUAUCUUCGAUGUCAAUCAUUGAGGAAGGUGCUACCAAGAAUAUUCGAGUGGCGAAUCUAUCCGUUGUUUGCUCUCACACCGUUAAUGGGGUAUCCAGAGCUCAUUUUGAAUUGCUAAAAACACGAGUAUUCCCGGAUUUUUAUGAACUAUGGCCAGAGAAAUUUCAGUACCAGACAAACGGAGUUACUCAGCGUCGUUGGAUCGUAGUAAGCAAUCCCUCACUGUGUGCUCUUAUCUCGAAGUGGCUCGGUACAGAAUCUUGGAUCCGUGAUAUCAACCUCUUAGCGGGUCUGAGAGAAUAUGCAUCAAAUGCUGACCUACAACAAGAAUGGAUGACGGUGAAGAAGACCAAUAAAAUGAGGCUUGCUGAAUACAUUGAAACUAUGAGUGGAGUGAAGGUUAGCUUGGAUUCAAUGUUUGAUGUGCAGAUAAAGAGAAUACAUGAAUAUAAAAGACAGUUGUUGAAUAUAUUAGGUGUAAUUCAUCGAUAUGACUGCAUAAAGAAUAUGGAGGAAAGUGAGAGGAAAAAGGUUGUACCUCGUGUAUGCAUAAUUGGUGGAAAAGCUCCUCCUGGAUAUGAGAUUGCAAAGAAGAUCAUUAAGCUUUGCCAUGCUGUUGCAGAAACAAUAAACAAUGACAUUGAUGUUGGCGACCUUCUUAAACUGGUUUUCAUUCCUGAUUACAAUGUUUCGGUUGCUGAAUUAGUUAUUCCUGGAAGUGACCUUUCACAACACAUCAGCACGGCAGGACAUGAGGCAUCAGGAACCGGAAGCAUGAAAUUUCUAAUGAACGGAUGUUUGUUGCUUGCCACAGCUGAUGGAUCAACAAAUGAAAUCAUUGAAGAAAUAGGUGCAGAAAACAUGUUCAUAUUUGGAGCAAAGAUCAAUGAAGUUCCUGCAUUGCGUGAGAAAGAAUCCACCAUAGAAGCACCCCUUCAAUUUGCACGUGUAGUAAGGAUGGUGAGGGAUGGAUAUUUUGGAUUCAAAGAGUACUUCAAAUCCUUGUGUGACUCUGUUGAAAAUGGCAAAGAUUUCUAUCUCGUGGGGUCUGACUUCGUUAGCUAUAUAGAAGCUCAGGCUGCUGCAGAUAAAGCGUAUGUCGACAAGGAGAAAUGGAGUGAGAUGAGCAUACUAUGUACUGCUGGUUCCGGAAGAUUUAGCAGCGAUCGCACAAUUGAAGAUUAUGCACAGAAAUCAUGGGGAAUUCAGCCCUGUAAGUGCCCAUCCUAACUAUUUUCUUUUGUGUUGCAAAGGCAUAAAAUUCUAUCAUUGAACUAGUUUUGAUCAUUGUAUAAUUGGGAAUAUAUAUUCUCAUUUCAACUAUGUUGCAGUUUAUACAUAUGAAUAAAAUAACUUAAAUUAGUUCUUUUGCUCAAAA